CAGCGGAGUUAAGUCUGCAAUAAUGUCCUUCAACCCGAAACUCCCUACAGUCCGCGAAAUAUAUAACGCCAGCCAGCACCGCACUGCUCUCAUGGUGUCUAUCAAACACAACAUUCCUCAGUGACACUUUAUCGAGCACAGAUUCCCGUCUAAUAUACUUUGCCCGUCAACUCGCAGAAAUGGCUGUCCCCACCAGAGCCCUCGGCCGCAAUGGCCCCCAAGUCUCAUCCAUCGGCCUCGGCCUCAUGAGCAUCGGAGGCGUCUACGGCGCAGCACCCAGCGACGAAGAGCGUUUGGCCCUCCUGGACCACGCCCAUGCAAUUGGACAAUGGUUUUGGGACACCGCCGACAUCUACUUUGACAGCGAAGACAUCAUCGGCAAGUGGCGUGCAAAGAACCCUGACAAGGCGAAAGACAUUUUCCUGGCGACCAAGUUCGGCAUCCAGAUGUUUGAUGGUGGGAUGAGACAGGUUCUUGAUAGUAGCCCCGAAUAUGCUAGGUCCGCGCUGGAGAAGAGUUUGAAGAGACUCCAGACCGAGACGAUUGAUCUCUACUACGCUCAUCGCGUUGAUGGCAAGACCCCGAUCGAGACCACCAUGCAAGCAUUGGUGCAAUUCAAAGAAGAGGGAAAGAUUCGUUACAUCGGUCUCAGUGAAGUGUCCGCCGCCACGCUUCGCCGUGCCCAUGCCAUCCACCCAAUCUCCGCCGUCCAGCUGGAGUACAGUCCGUUUGCCCUAGAUAUCGAGCAUCCCCAAAUCGCCCUCCUUGAAACCUGCCGUGAGCUCGGUGUAGCUGUCGUGGCAUACAGCCCGGUUGGUCGUGGCCUCCUGACUGGCAGGUAUGCGACUCGCGAAGCGGUCACCAAGGACAUGUUCCUCAAUGCUCUCCCUCGGUUCUCUGAAGAGAACUUCCCUGCAAUCCAAAGACUUAACGAGGUCAUCAAGGGCGUGGCGACAGAGAAGAACAUUACCCCGGCCCAGACUGCUCUUGCUUGGCUUACUGCGCGUGAGCCCUUUGUCAUCCCGAUUCCUGGAACGAGAUCCAUCAAGUACCUCGAGGAGAACACUGCUGCGGCAAAGAUCCAGCUCACGACAGAUGAAAACCAGAUCAUUACCGAAGCUGCCAAUGCCACCAAGCUGGUUGGCGGUAGAUAUCCCACUAGAUUCUUCCCAGAGAAUUAUGAGUUUGGUGACACACCUGCGCUUUGAUCAUGAUAGGGACACGCUCACGACAUGG